AUGAAUGUGGCAAUUAAUGGUUUCGUGAUUUUUUUUCGCCUGACUAUAAGCGAUCGCAAAAUUGGAUGUUUAAUGGUCCAUAUUCGAGUCAUGAAAAUAAGGUAUGUGAUUCAAGUCUCAAGCAAUGAAUGGAGACGACUUUCUCGAGUAGAAUACAUCCGCGAAGAAGCACGCAUGCGAGAAGCAGAAUGCGUGCGAGAAUUAUAUGCAUGCAAGAUGAAGCAUGCAUGCGAGAAGAAGGGCAAUCUCCAUUCAACAUCAGCAGCUGAAAAGAUGGCUGCUCUACCGAAAGUCACUAGAAGAGGAAAAUCAGACAAGGGACUAGAACAGUCGACUCGCGAUUAA